UUGACUUAAUAUGGAAUUCAUCCUGUUAUUGAUAUUAGUAAUGAUCCUUGGCAUUGUCUGGAUAGAAAAACAAUUUUGAUUUUGCAGAAACAGAGUUAAAAUUGUUGUGCUAAAGUUUAUAAAGCUUUUUUUAUUUCAUUCUGGACCCUCGCUUUCAUCUUGUUAUUAUUUGUACCAUGUCUUAUUACCAUCUUAUAACAAUCCUGUCACUUGCUCUGCUGAACCGAACUUCACAUCCAUUCAGUGCAACGAAACAUAAUAUAAUUUCAUACUACAAAACUGUGAAUAAUGUUUUCUUGACUAAUCCUGAAAAUCACACAACAUCUUAUGGUGAAACAACUGUUGAUAUACCAAGUAGUGUUGCUAAUGUGUACGACAUCGUCAAAUGGAAAGUGGUCAAUGUUGAUGAAGAUCGGUUAAUGUUCGUCCAUAAAAAUAAACCUCAAAUUCUGGUUGAUCAAAAGAGAAUCAAGAAAAUGGAAUAUUUUGGUGACUUGAGUGAUUCAGUUAUAUCUCUUGGUGAUAAUGCAAUUCUUCAUGUUCCAACAAUAUUCAAUCCAGAAUUAACAGAACCAGUUCAUAAAUGCAAUUAUAUUGUAUUGUUGUAUUUCGAUGCUGAAAAUGAAUCAGUUCGAGUUAUUGACUCCUUACCUUGGCUUAAAGAUGAUGAUUGGAAGCUCAUUAAGGAAUGGAAAAUGUCUAAUUAUAUUCACUUCGACAAUAAAUUGUUCCUUUUAAUACUUCGAAGUAUAUGGAACGAAAAGGCUGCAAAGGUUACUCAAGAUACAUCGAUAAUUUGUGCGGAAUUGCCCAGUUACCUUGAUUGUGUAAUGUAUGGUUUCUUAUUUAAUUGUGUUUGGUCACAGGAAACUCCGAUUCCCCCUAAAUGCCUUUAUGAUGAUCAACCUAAAGACAAAACUGCACUGACUGUCAACCAUUGCUUUAAAAUCAGACACUUUUCCUCUAGUACAAUAAUCAACUCAAUUGUACAACAAACUUUGUCCAUUCAACUUGAUACAGAUCAAUAUGUAAGGGAGUCAGAUAAAACUCUGACUAUCCAAGCUGGUUCAGAUAAUUACUGUACAAACAUCACAGAGCAUUUGAUGUUGAACGGACUCAAUGACUAUAAUAACAAACCACAAAUUGUGAUCGAUCAAAAGACUAUCGAAGAUAUGGAAUUUUCUGGUGAAUUAAGUGAUUCAAUAAUAGCUUUUGGUGAUAAUGAAGCUUCUCAUUUUCCAUCAAUAUUCAAUCCAGAAUUAACUGAACCAUCUUACCAAUGGAAUUAUCUUGAAUUGUUGUAUUUUGAUGUUAAAAGUGCAAAAGUUUCAGUGAUUCGAUUUUUAUUUUGGCUUAAAGAUGAGGAUUGCAAGCUGAUUAAGAAAUGGAAGAUGGCUGAUUAUAUUCAUUGUGACAUUAAAUUGUCCCUUCUAAUAAAACGAAGUAUAUGGAAUGAAAAGGCCGCAAAUGUUACUCAAGAGAUAUCAAUAAUUCAAUUGUGUAUCAACCAAGGAAGUGAACUUAUUUCAAGUGCAGUUGAAGUUCAGCAUUCUAACCCAGAAUUUCAGAAUAGUCAGAUAACUGAAGCCACCUUUAAACUACUUGAUUUAGGUUUUUCUUACAGUUCUGUAUCUAAAUCUAAAUUGACUUCAAGCGGAAAUAGGUAUUAUGACUUUGAGCAUAUUGAUGCAUUGAACCAGCAAUGAAAGGCUUUGAAUAAUGAUGUUCCAGCUUCAAUUUUUCAUUAACCAGCGACCAGUUGGAGGUUUUUUCAUUACUAAAGCGCGCCAUGAAAUCAGGUUUUUCAAUUUUAAUUUCUUUUGUAAACCAAUACGCAAUUGCUUUGAAUGUGUCAUGUUUGGUGUGUAUUUUAAUUGCGUAUGGUCUUCUCCUAUUCCGCUUCACUAUAAGUGCAUAUAUGAUGAUAGACCUGUUAACAAGACCGCACUGACUAUCAACAGUUGCUUUAAAGUCACAUCCUGUUACCCUUCAAUAUUCAACUCUUCUGUUCAACAAACUUUAUCAAUUCAAUUUAGCACACCACUACAAAUAGACUAUUCAAAAGAAUCUCUGGUUGUCCAUGCUGGUCCAGAUAAUAAUUGUAACAACAUCACAAUGAACGAUCAUAACAUCCAAUGCUCAUUGAAUGCAUUGAAAUCGGGUAAAUCCAAUCGCGAAAUAAGCUUGAUGAAUGACAAGAUUGCAGAUGCUAAAAUGAUAAGUUCUGUAUCUACUGGAAUGGUG